UUUUUCAAUCUCUCUCGUAGGGUUCGAAGUUUUUUUUUUGUUGGCUUAUUUCUGUUCCAUUUCCCCAGAGGAAAAGUUUUCCCGCAUUGUCCAGAUUUCUCAGAUUUGCCGGGAAAAUUUUGAUUUCUCCCAAGAAAAUUCCGAUUGGAUGCGAGCAGUGACCGUGGCGAUGAUGAACUUGGUGGAACCUUCGUGGCGGCUACUGGCGGCGAGCGGCGGCGACACGGUGAAGCUCUUCGACGUGUCCGCCGAGCCCGGCGAUCCCUGCGUUCUGAGUUAUACGCCGACACCUGGUUGUGCUGUCAACUCCGUCAAGUGGAACCAUACGAAUUUGGUUGUGGGAAGUGCCGGAGAAGAUAAGAAGAUAUCCUUGUGGCGGAAAAACGGGCAGAGCAUAGGAUCGGUUCCAGUUACUGGGAAGGACAGCAGUGACAGCAUUGAGGAAUCUAUAUUGGCUAUUAGCUUCAGCAACAAAGGAUCCAGGUAUAUAUGUUCUGGAGGAACUGGUCAACUUGUAAGAAUAUGGGAUCUGCAAAGAAAGCUUUGUAUUAAGAAGUUGAAGGGCCAUACAAGUACGAUAACAAGUGUGAUGUACAAUUGCAAAGAUGAGCAUCUGGCUUCUGUCAGUGUUGAUGGGGAUCUGAUAGUCCACAACCUUGCAUCUGGAGCAAGGGCUUCUGAACUCAAAGAUCCAAAUGGGCAGGUAUUAAGGGUGCUUGAUUAUUCAAGGUCCAGUCGACACCUUCUUCUGACUGCUGGAGAUGAUGGGACUGUGCACUUGUGGGACACGACUGGUCGUAACCCCAAGAUGUCUUGGUUGAAGCAGCAUUCUGCACCAGCUGCUGGUGUAUGCUUCUCGCCAUCAAAUGAAAAGAUAAUUGCUAGUGUGGGACUGGACAAAAAACUCUACACUUAUGACUCUAGCUCCAGAAGACCUUCAUCUUGCAUUGCUUAUGAGGCGCCUUUCUCUUCCUUGGCAUUCGGAGAUAGCGGUCACAUACUGGCAGCUGGAACUGGUAAUGGUAGAGUGGUGUUUUAUGAUGUCCGUGGAAAGCCGCAGCCUGUCACUGUCCUACACGCUUACAGUAAUUCAGAGGCUGUUACAAGUCUGUCAUGGCAGACAUCAAAACCAACAAUUGUGAAUGAGAAAAAUUGCACUGCUGAGAUGUCUCUUCUUGGUGGUACUGUAGAAGAAUCAGUUGUCAUUCCUGACCCCCUCCCCGCAACAACAUCUUCAGCUUCUCAAUCGGUACGUGGAGUUGGAACGAGUACGUUGAUGAGUCUAUCAUCAGCAGAAGAAACACCAAAUAAAUCCCAUCUAUGGCCUGGUGGACCACUGGGCAGACUACAUGCAACUCGGGCCAGUAAUAGUUUUAAAGAUGACAUGGAUGUGUUUUCCCCUCUUGUCGACGUCUCAUCUGUCGAGAAACUGUGGGAUGCUGAAGGGUUGAGGAAGGAUCAUUUUAUUGUCGAUAAGAAACCUUCGUCCUUGCUAUAUUCUUCAUCGAGCAAGAGAUUUCCGUUUGCAGAUGAGGGAAACAAGGAACACUCGAUAUUUGACUGGAAAGCAAAUUCUACUUCUAAACAGGAUGACAUGAGAGUUGGUUUUUCGCCUUUUGGGUCUACGCCAACUGCUUCGUCCAAGAGUGAAGAGACUGCCGUGACGCCUCCAGAAGCCUGGGGUGGCGAGAAAUUGUCCGACAAGUUUAACCACUUAGCCGGCGAGAAGUUCUCGGAUAAAUUUAACCACCUGAAUCCGCCUUCUCGUCUCGGGAUUUCGAGCUCGAGUGCUACUACAUCUGGAUCCAUGUUUUCUACUUCUCUGGAAUUCCCCACAUCGCUCGGUCAUCAAACAAGCCUCACAAGCAUGGAGUUUCCACGCAUCGUCCGAGACUUCUCUUCGAACUUCGAGACAUCCUCGACGCUUCCCGACAACUUGUCUUCAAGCCCGUUGUCAGCAAAAGGCGUCACGACGGGCGGCCCACCAGCUAACAUUGAUUCGUUGAGGCUGUCGUCGAAUUUUCCUCGUAGGUUCUCAACAUAUGCCGAGAGAAUCAGCACAACUUCUUCCUUCAGCGAUGGCCCCUCUCUUUCCAUGGGUUCGCCGAAGAUAAAGAAAACGGGAUCAGAAUCAAGAGAGGAGGUUCUAAACAACAUGUUACCGAGACCAGAGUCAGCCGUAACAACGGAAGCAGGAGCUAUUCCGUCCUCCUCCAUGAAUGGAGGAAGCCCGAUACCGACGAGGCAAUCUCAGAUGGAUCAACAGAGAGGGAGUAAUUUUACGCUUCAACUGUUUCAGAGGACAAUGGAAGAAACACUCGAUUCUUUCCAGAACUCGAUACACGAGGGGAUGAGGAAUCUACAUAUAGAGAUCCUAAGGCAAUUCCACAUGCACGAGAUGGAGAUGUCGAAUGUAAUGAAAUCGGUGAUGGAGAAGCAACAGGAGCUAAUGGAAGAGAUGAAAGCUCUGAGGAAAGAGAACCAACAACUCCGACAGAUGAUGAUGCUUUGAUCUGUGAUGCAAGGUUUUUUUUUUCCUUGGGGGUGUUUGUUUGUGUGGUUUCAUUUCUUUGCACACUUAUGUUGGUUAUAAUGUGGUUAUGGGCUUCGGUUAUUAUAUCAUUAUAGGGAGUCAAGGUCGUCGUCAUCUGUCCGAAUCUAGACUUACGAUUUUGAAAUCUGAUGUUGUACUUGCCAAUUUUGGAUAUCUGAAUCCAAAUUUGGUGAAGGAAUAUUAACGACAAUUUUAAAUUUUUCAUAAA